ACGGAAGUACAUUCGCUGUUGCUUGAUUUCGUGUGUGUUUUUCCCUGGUUUUUCCCCCCAAAAUACAUCUACCAUGCUUAGGGAAUAAGGAAGUAAAUCGUUAGCAAAAUGUCUAAACUUUAUUUGGACAAAUGUAUUCGUCUUUAUGAACGUUACCAACAAUAUGUCACUCAGAACCCUGCCGCCACUGCAAAACUGGAAAGUACAGUUCGAACACUGUCCUACCUGAUUGCUGGACGGUUUGCAGACUCACAUGAGCUAUCGGAGUUGGUGUACUCAGCAUCCAACCUGUUAGUUCUACUGAAUGAUGGAAUUCUUAGAAAGGGACUCUGCCGAAAUUUGCCUAUGUCCCUGUCUCAGCAAAGGCUUCUGACGUGGCUAUCAGUACUUGAGUAUGUAGAGGUCUUCACUGAGAUGGGGGCGUCCAAACUGUGGGGAGAAGGGGGCCGCUGGCUGGUCAUUGUUCUCAUUCAAAUUGCCAAGUCUGUCUUACGCGUCCUGUUGUUGUUCUGGUAUAAAUCAGGAAUACAGACGUCACCCCCUAUUAUUCCCUUGGACAGAGAUUCAGACUUGUGCAAAAGAGAAGAAGAUAAAGAGGACUGCAGUAAUGAUCAAUUCCACGUGGGUCAGCGGACUGGGAGGGUGAUCCGAACACUAAGUACGACCCCGCCUAUGCAUGCUUGUGUAUGGGGAGCUCCACAGAAAGAGUGGAUGAACAACCAGGUGUCAGAGGACCUGCAGCCCAGUCCCACCCCUCUGGGUCUACAGGAGACUAUAGCAGAGGCCCUGUACAUCGGACGGCCACUAGUGCACUUGCUUUGCCUGGGAGCAUGCGGCAGACGCUCAUGGAAACCAUGGGUCGUCUCUGGAAUUCUAGAAAUAACCAGUUGUAGUUUAUUAAAUGAGAUGAAGACAUUAAACCGGAGGGAGCGGGCAGAGCUGAGAAGGAGAGCUUUUCUCCUGCUCUACUACCUACUGCGCUCACCAUUCUAUGACAAAUACUCAGAGACAAAGGUUUUAUUUUUGCUGAGAUUUCUGACAGAUAAUAUUCCCGGAGUGGGCCUGAUUGCACGGCCUCUGAUGGAAUACCUCCCUGUUUGGCAGAAGAUCUACUUCUACAACUGGGGCUGAAGUAGUGAAGAUGAAGGCUCACUCGCAUGUGGCCUGGGAAUGCCCUGAGCAGAUUGCUGCUGAGACACACAAGGUCUCGAUCACCACACAGUACCUGUGCCAGAUCAUCGUUGAUUUCAUUCUCUGUGGACUCUCCAAUGAGUGUAGGAUGUAGGCGUUGGCUUUUUGAAAGCCCCUGUGUGGUGAUAAUUAAAGCAUACACAUUAUUCUUUUAUGUGUUUGUUUGGUCACAUAGGGUGAUAACAUUUGCUUCUGAUUUAAUUUGUAAUUAAUGUUUUUUUUUAAAACUGUUAAACCAGUGCAAAAUGUGAAUGUAUUUUGUAAUUGUCCUGCAAGAGAUUUAUCUAGAAGAAAUCACAAUAAUGGACAAUGGAUUAAAAAUUCUGAAUCAUUACACAAUAAAAUAGCUCAUUCUUACAAAAUCUUGUCAUUUUUAGUUAGCCUAGCUAAUUAUGUUCACCCUCCCUGGACUAAUUUGGUUCACAACAUCUCAGAAGUACCAAAAUAUGUAUUUAUUUGUAUUGCUCUGAAUGAUGACCCCAGUAUUCCACAUGUAUUCUUGCUUGUUCUCCCAUGUAAAUAUGAAAUAAAUAGCCAAGCACUAUCA